AUGCCUCUUAGGGAGGUGAAGAAAGAAAUGGUGGUCAAUUUCAUUCGAACUCAAUUGAUCUAUCGAUAUGGUGUCCCUCGUUAUAUCAUAACUAAUAAUGGCAAACCGUUCUACAAUAGGCUGAUAAUAGGGCUAUAUGAGAAGCUUGGAUUUAAACAAUACAACUCCUCCAUGUACAAUGCUCCGGCAAAUGAAUUGGCUGAAGCAUUUAACAAAACACUUGGCAGUUUGUUGAAAAAGGUGGUAUCCAAGACAAAACGAGACUGGCAUGAAAGAAUCAGAGAAGCAUUAUGGGCAUAUCAAACAACAUUUCGAACUCCUACUCAUGGGACGCCAUAUUCUCUCGUCUAUGGAGUGGAAGCCAUCCUUCCCUUAGAAUGCCAAAUCCCAUCAUUAUGGAUUGCCAUUCAAGAAGGACUGACUGAAGAAGAAAAUGCUAAGCUCAGAUUGCAAAAAUUAAAGGCACUUGAUGAGAAAAGGCUCAAGGCCCAACAACGUCUUGAGUGCUAUCAAGCUCGUCUUUCAAGCAUAUUCAAUAAAAAAGUUAAACCAUGA